AUGAAAGACCCUAGAGUCUCAUUUCAACGUGCGAAUCGCGAGACUCCAGUCCCUCUUCAUGCCUGUCAUUCCUCCCGACAAUGGGCUCUUGAAUAUCACUACAUCUCCAUUCCAUGUCAUUUCGAUGGAUCGAUACAAGGAGCGAUUUACGUCAACUGGAAAUUGGAUGACGUGAUUGUACGAGACACAGAGACACUUCUCCACCUCUCAGGAAUUACUGAUCUCAACCUCACGUCCAACUUGGCUCAAUCGGUGAGCUACAUGUGGCGGCGUCCCAAUAUCAGCCCAUCGCGCUUCAGAGAGAGAACGAACGAUACUGGCGUGCGAGACGUGCCGUUUCCCGCUCAUCUCAACGACGCGGAAGAAAAAUUGCAAAAUUUAAGUGUUGCUGAAAUUCUCAAUCCGAUCAACAGGGCUGCGUUGGCCAGGUUCAAGAACUUAAAAACCCUGCAUAUGCACUUCGGAGGGGUCUGCAACGUCCCUGGAUUCAAGUCCCACGCAACCUUGGAAAGAGCUCUCGUGCAACUGUGGAAUGAGCGUGGCAUUGAAGCUCCUGAGAGGAUAUUCCUGCGGCCUCGGCAGUUCGAAGAAGUCAUCGUACGACCAACUUUACGCAAGUUCAUACACUUGAAUCAACUUCAGGUCUGGACUACCCUCUAG